AUGGCCGACUGGCAGGAGCUAUUGACCACAGUCAGAGAUGUCUACCAGAACGUCAGCGAACUAUAUGGUCUGAUCAAAGAUCACGAGCAAGACUUGAUUGUCAUCGAAAAGGCAGGCUCUCUGAUGGAGGACACGGAGACCAAUCUCUCGUUCCUCAAUGGUUGCAUUCAGAAGUACGGCAACGACACCCAGCUCACAGAUCAGAUCGCUGGUUUCUCGCGUAGCAGAGUUUCCCAAUCUCCAAAUACCACAUCAUCACUCAACGGUACACCAAGCGAUGUCGCCACGAAAUCUCAUGGAAAUCUGGAAGAAGACGAGAUGAAGCGUCAGGUCCAGGACACCGUGAGGCAUCUGAUAACCGAGAUGGUCGGGUUGUUGGCAAGGAAAAGUUGUUGCUCGACUGGUCAUCAUGUGGACUGUGGUAUGAACCACGCACACCAACAGAGUGGCAAGCAGCAGCUCUCAGUGGAUGACUCUGAUGAGUUCGACAUACUCUGA